AUGGUUGUAUCGGACACAGUUUGCAUCGAUAACCUGGUGUUUCGACUUCAUUAUAAGGCAACGAUCAUCGGCUUAACCGUUGCCGCCAUAAUCGUCUCGUCCCUACACUUGUUUGGGUAUACCAUACACUGUAUGGGUAAGGAUAACAUACCCAGCGACGUAAUGAGUGCCCAAUGUUGGCUGAGGUCAACGUUUAGGUUACCUUUUAUGGGCAACACUGGUUAUACAAUGUUCAAGAACACUUUAAGGGAUCAGGAAAUGAGGGAUGAUACAUUAAUAUCUGUGUUUCCAAGUUGGGAGUUUCUGGUGACGUUCAAAAGCAUUCCGUACUUUGUGUACUGCCCCUGA